CAUAGAACUUUUUUCCCCGCGAACAAUCAACCGUUCCCAAACACACAGUCGCAAUGAAGUUAAAGCGCGCAAAGGCGUACAAAAAGCAGCUCCAUCAAUACGAACUCAACUUCGGCUUCCGCGAACCCUACCAAGUCCUACUUGAUUCACAGAUCCUCGAAGAUGCCUACUCCUGCAAAAUCGACCUUCUCGCGCGACUCCAGAAGAUGCUCGGCGGGCAGGUAAAGCCCAUGAUCACGACGUGCGACAUGCGACACCUCUACCUCGCAGAACCGAAGAAUGAGACCCUCAUAUUACAAGCCAAGGAGUACGAACGUCGGCGGUGCAACCAUCAGGAUUUGGAGAAGCCGCUGAGUACACUGGAGUGCCUGAGCUCCGUGGUGGAUCCCAAGGACAAUGCGACAAACAAGCAUCGAUACGUGGUUGCGGCCAACGAUCCGAGCACGCGUGCAAAGAUGCGACAGAUCGCCGGUGUGCCCAUCAUAUACCUUUCCAAGUCUAUAGUGCUCAUGGAGUCUAUGGCUGAUGUGACGGAGCAACACCGUGAGCGAGAAGAAAAAUCAAAGUUCAAGUUGGGACUCAAAGGGCAGCGGAAGCCAGACGCGGCCUCGGCCCCAAAGAGAAAGCGAGAAGAUGAGGGACAAGCUGGAGAAGGCAGUCAAUCUAUUGAAGAUCAGGCUACGGGAGACGCAAAGCCCAAGGCGAAGAAGCGCAAGGGCCCCAAGGGACCCAACCCGCUGAGCGUCAAGAAGCCGAAGAAGGACAAGACGACCCAGCCCAGUGCUACCAAGAAGUCGCGGCCGUCUACAUCUGAGACCAACGGGGGAGACAGUCAGAGGGGCGACCGGGAAGAAUCAGCACCUCGUAAGAGGAGGAGGAAGCACAAGUCCAAGGCUGAUGAUGGCGGCGAUGCGCCGGAUGGAGGAGAGCCUGCUUCGCCAUGAUAGCCGGAGCAGAAGAUCUGGGUCCAAGUGUGGACCACAUGCGAUACCCGACAUACUGGAGGCUGUCACGUCUGAGAGCCGAAUCGGCGGGACGGCAUACCCUGAUCGUAUGUCAUGCAUAGUAUAGGUCAAUUGGGGCGAGAGCGUUGGAGGCAAGGACCUCGAGAAGAUAGCCCUAUACUCUCUUGCCUUGUGCAAGGAGAUCAGAGACCUUGGGCGGAAGAACAAGCGCACUCCGGUCGUUGCGCUUCACAAACUCGACCACAACUUCAGCAGUCUUUUCCGGGAGGUCCUCGUGGAGGAAAUGUCCAGCGGCAGGAAAGACCUGGAGUUGGAAUUUACCUACAUUACAUUAGAUACCUCAUCAAAAGCGACAAGGCGUUAGACAUACCUUGCAUUUGCCCAAUCAUC